UAUUAUUGAUAGAAGACGACAUCAAGUUUAAACUCUAGACAGUUUGCUACGCCUGUACUUUAGGAGUCUCUGUGCUGCCUUUUAACGACUCUCCAGUGACUUAGAGUUGCUCAACCUCGUCAUCGACUAACUUCUGCAGCGGCGUGGUUAAAGUCCACAUGGAGGUGCAGGAGGUGGAGACGUGUUGCUGUGUAGUUCAGCUGUUCGAGGCUUUUUCAGCAAAGAAACCUCUGAGCUGCAGCGGAGUUAUCGUGCACCGUCAGACUGGAACCGUGAUAUGCACGGGCCUCCCGUUUACCCAUUUUACCACCGACAGAGAGUCCCUCACCUCGGACCGCAGGUUCCUCUCGCCGCACAACUUCAGUGAGAAACUUAAAAUCCGCGUCAACUUUUUGACCGAGCGAGAGCCGCCCUCCUCCGGGGGCAAAACAACACGUCAGCGGGAGGUCGCAGCCGAGCUGCUGAUGCUGGUGAACUGCUUGGAGUUCAAACGAGCUUUCCAGGCGGUUUUCCAAGAGGCGGACAAGUGGCGUUUCCAUGUGGAUGAAGAGGACGAGGAGCUGCUCAGAGAAGCCCAGUCCCUCAGCUGGUUCGCUGUCCUGAAGGCGAGUGUGGGGGCGGACAGCAGCCCAAAUACAGCCGGGACUAUACCCUGGCAAAGCGGCUCAUCCCUCCAGAAAGGCUGCCCGGUGGUUGCUUGUGGCUCUCCUUUCGGCUCCCUCUGCCUGGACCUCUUCAGCAGCAGCCUCAGCAGGGGCAUCGUGAGCAACCUCUCGGGAGAGGACAACGCCAUCAUCCUCACAGACGCCCGGUGCUUGCCAGGCACGGAGGGCGGAGGGUUGUUCGUGGUGAACGGCGCGGACGAGGCGCGUCUCCUCGGACUUAUCGUUUCUCCAUUUGGGUGGAAGGAGAACGAGUGGAUAGGCCUCACCCUGGUCUGCUCGGUCCACUUGAUCUUCAGGAACAUCAUCGGCUGCACGAGUGCUCCAGAUCCCCUCCGAGAUGUUUGGCUCCACCAGGGAGAGGCAGGCCUCCUCAUGUCCACCGCGGACCACGCGAUCAUGGCCGUGAAGUGCCCCACGGUGUGCUUCGUGAACAGUGGGUCGUUCUGGGGCUCAGGGGUCGUAGUCGCCUCGCGCCUGGUUAUGACCUGUCGCCACGUGGUCAACGGGAAGUCGACGGUCACCUUGAAGUUCCAUCACCGGGAGAGAGUCCUUGAUGUUGUGGGUGAUGUGCUGUUUGCUACUAAAGCCUCCUCAUCCUAUGAUUUGGCGUUGGUGCAGCUGAGGGACUCCCUCACAGAAGCUGUGGUCCCAUGCAUGGCUCAGAGUUACAAUCCAGGUGAAUCUGUAGUUGUGGUGGGAUAUGGAGGCUUGGGUCGGAGAUGUGGUCCAUCCCUGACCUGUGGUGUCCUUUCCAAAACCAUCAGCUUGAAUGGCCAGCCUGUCAUGCUUCAGACCACUUGUGCAGUACAAGCAGGGACCAGCGGGGGCGCUGUGGUGCGGCCACGUACAGGAGAGCUGCUGGGUAUUGUGUCCAGCAACACAAGGGACUUUGUUGCCAAAGUGACCUACCCGCAUCUCAACUUUAGCAUCCCAGUGACUGUUUUCCAGAGAUUAUUGCAGAAUUUUGUUCAGACAAAGGAUGUCAAUGUGUUCAAGGUGUUGAAUAGCACAGAAAAAGAAGUCGACACAGUGUGGAGGCUACAGAGUGAACAAAGCAAACUAUAACUGAGGACCCCUGCAUAUUUGCUAGAGAAAAAGAUUGGAUGGUUAAACCAAUAUGGAUUAUAAUUAUAUUAAAAUCAAUAUGUAAGCAAUUUCUUAAACCGUUGCUGUUUCAUACCGUACUUUGUUAUCUAGACAGACACAAAGUCACAGAUCUGAAGGAGAAAAUGCUAUUAAAAUGGUUAAUUCCUAAUGAUGAAACUCUCACCCGCAAUUAUGCAGGACACAUUGCUAAAUAUGUAUGUUAAAAUUGACCUAAAUACAUGCUGAGAUUUUAAUUAUAUUAAUUAAAUUAAAUAUAUUCUCGUGACUUUUCUGUACAUAAUUGUCACAAAUGAUCCUCAUGACAACCAAAAUACCAGAGACAUUUAGAGUGACAGGGCUGAAUUAAGCAUGAUUUAAUACCCAUAUCAUUCACUAUGAAAAUUCACAAAGCACCAGUUAGAACAAUGGCAGAGAAAGUGCAUCAGGUUUCACCUAUAUCAUUUAAGCCUGAGUUAUUAUCAGGUACAAUAUGAUGAAAAUGUGCACUUUGUAUGUGUUUUAAUUUAAAUCUUGUUCUUUUACAUGUGGCUUUUUUCACCAAAAUCAGCAUAACUUACAGAUAGGCUGCUGAAAAUGAUUGGUCCCUUUGGGUAGCCACAGACCUGCUGUCAAUAUCAGGUAUUCAGACAUCUGCUGGCAGGGCUUCCCACUCACAGCUAACACAUUUAAGGUUUCACCCACUGGGACAUUACUGGUACAGAUUUCCAUUAUCACCGAAAUGUGAAACUGAGAAAUAACAUUUCAGAGGAUUGGUUACUGUCAGUUAUUACAAUGAUGAACAAUUAUAAAACAAGCUCUCUUGGCCUGAGCUGCUGAGAAUAUGUACGCUGAAUCAAACUGGUUUCUAUUUCCUUGAUCCCAGACUGAAUACUUCACAGCGCAGAGGAUUGAUGAAUGUCCCGAGGGGGCGGAGGAGAGUUUUCUAUCGGCAUUGUGCUGUUAGAAGUGCUGAUGUGCAGACUGUAUUUUAUUUCUGCUGGUUUCCCAUAACUAUAUGCUCCACUCCACUGCAGAGCGAGGUAUGCAGGAGUAGAAGUGAGCAGUCAAUAAGAUGUGCUCCUCAAAGGACAAGUCACAGAGAGAUGUAUGCCUUUGAAAUGGUAUUUGUGAAGAUGGGCUGCAUCAUUAUCUAUUAUUAUGUUUGUUAUUUACAUUCAACUUUCAAGAAUGUAGUUUAA